CCUGAGCCAAAGGCAGAGGCUUCAACCCACUGAGCCACCCAGGCGCCCAGGAGUAGUAAUUCUUAAACCCUGGUGUUUCAAGGUCAGAUGUAGAUAGAUGCUGAAUUGACUACCCACCCAGCACAGCAUCUUACAGGAAAAGCAUAGCAUUUCCUAGAGGAAUAUGAGCAUAACAGGAAGGUGUCAUUGACUGAGUUAAAUUUUUAACCUGUCCCCUGAACAGCUACAGGAUUUGGAAGCUGAAUCAAUGUUAUCAGAUGAGUUAGAAUCCAAACCAGAGCUCCUGGUACAGUUUGUUCAGAAUACGUCCAUCCCUUUGGGACAGGGGCUAGUAGAAUCAGAAGCUAAAGACAUUACUUGCUUGUCCCUCCUUCCAGUGACUGAGGCCCCAGAAUGCAGUCGGCUAAUGUUACCAGAUGAUACUCCGAGUCAUACAAACUCCUCCAAGGAGGUCCCUUCCUCAGCUGUGUUGAGAAGCCUUCAGGUGAAUGUGGGCCCAGACGGAGAGGAGACGAGGGCUCAGACUGUACAGAAGUCCCCGGAGUUUUUGUCCACUCCAGAGUCUCCUAGCUUGUUGCAAGAUCUACAGCCGAGUGAUAGCACUUCUUUUAUUCUUCUUAACCUAACAAGAGCAGGUCUGGGCUCUUCAGCUGAGCACUUAGUAUUUGUCCAAGAUGAGGCAGAGGAUUCAGGGAAUGAUUUCCUCUCUGGUGAGAGCACGGACAGUAGCAUUCCAUGGUUCCUCCGGGUUCAGGAGUUGGCUCAUGAUAGUUUGAUUGCUGCUACUCGCGCGCAGUUGGCAAAGAAUGCAAAAACCAGCAGCAAUGGAGAAAAUGUCCACCUCAGUUCUGGUGAUGGGCAGCCCAAAGAUUCUGGGCCCCUUCCUCAAGUGGAAAAGAAGCUCAAAUGUACAGUUGAAGGCUGUGACCGGACAUUUGUGUGGCCUGCUCACUUCAAGUACCAUCUCAAAACGCAUCGAAAUGACCGCUCUUUCAUCUGUCCUGCAGAAGGUUGUGGGAAAAGCUUCUAUGUGCUGCAGAGACUGAAGGUGCACAUGAGGACCCAUAAUGGGGAGAAGCCCUUUGUGUGCCCCGAGUCUAGCUGUGGUAAGCAGUUCACUACAGCUGGAAAUCUGAAGAACCACUUGCGCAUCCAUACAGGAGAGAAGCCUUUCCUGUGUGAAGCCCAAGGAUGUGGCCGUUCCUUUGCUGAGUAUUCUAGCCUGAGAAAACAUUUGGUGGUUCACUCAGGAGAGAAGCCUCAUCAGUGUCAAGUCUGUGGGAAGACCUUCUCUCAGAGUGGGAGUAGGAACGUGCACAUGAGAAAGCAUCACUUGCAGCUGGGAGCAGCUGGGAGUCAAGACCAGGAGCAAACCGCUGAGCCACUAAUGGGCAGUAGUUUGCUUGAAGAGGCUUCAGUAACCAGUAAAAACCUGGUGCCUAUGAACCCCCAGCCCAGCCUUGGAGGAGAGUCCUUGAACCUACCAAAUACCAAUUCUAUCCUAGGAGUUGAUGAUGUUAUGGAAGAACUUAACUUUUAAAACAUUUAAACAGAACAUAACCAGGUUUUACAGAGGAGAUAUAAAGCAAUUUCUCCAUACCUUCAAAAGCCAUAUCUUCUGGAGAAAAGAAAGGGCUGUCUAGGCAACAGUUGCUCCUCUCUGGUAUAGAAAUUUCACCCAAGUUACACAGGCCAGGCCCUCUUCUCUGAAAAACUUAACAGGUGAGGUCAGCAUGCAUUUAUUCAGUGCCUACUGUGUGCCUGGCACCGUGGGAAAGACAAAAGUAGAAAACAGGGACCUUAAAAUCCAGUUGAGAAGUCAAAACUUACAUAUGGGAGACAACAUGGAGUGAAUAGAAGAUAGUAUGUGAGUAAAUGCUAAAUUACACGGUACUGUCUGGAAGAGCAGUAUGUAUCGAAAGCCCGGGAGAAGAAAGUUUUGAUUUAUUAGAGACCUAAGUGUAUAAACUAUUUCUAGAAGAUUUUUACGGUGAUUCCACUGAUGAAGUCUGAGAUCCUGUGUUUUAGUUACUCGUAUCCCACUCAGUUUUGUGUAUAAGUGACCAUGUUUGUGUAAACUUCUGUGUGGAGCCUACAGGGCUCAGGAUGUGCUUCCACAACACGCCUCCUCGGUUGCAUAGUAGGAUCCUAGUGGACAGUUGAAGUAUGUAUGAGCCACAGCCGUGGCAUGGAACUUCUUUGCCACUGUUAAGGAAGAAAGUCUCAUGGGAGGAAGGGACACUGUAUAAGAACUUUGAAGCCAGAUUUAAGUUCCUAACUUUUGCACAGUAUGCUGUUUAAGUCGCUGUUGGCUGCUUUAAGCGUUGACUAAGGUCCCCUGAUCGGCCCGCUGCUGCAGCUUUUGCCUCAUUUCAUGCAAUUCAGGUAACAGUGCCAAGGCCAUACUGCUCUGAAUUGGUACUUUGAAAACUGGUCAACUCUUGAUAAUAUCUCAAGACUUCCUACCUUUUCUUCCCAUCCCCCUUUUGUAAUACUUUCCAGAUUCACUGGUAAUGAUUAUCCUCUUCAGAUGGGAGCUAAUUUGGAAGGAAUACAGGAAUGUGGGUAUCAGGGAGCAGUUUGUAGUGUUCUUCGUGAGAGGCUUGAUAAUGCAGGUGGGGUUAUCUGUGGA